GCAGGUUUCCCGGAGGAGGCGGGCCAGGCAGGCUGGUUGGUCCUGAGAGGAGGGCCAGAGGCCACACACACAGACACUGCCGCUGCCGGGGAGGCCUGUGAAGACCAUGGCUUUGCAGACUGCUCGAACCCCACUGGAGUCCUGUGGGACCUCAACUCAUGGCAGCCUCCUGCUCCUGCUUCUCGGCCUCGGGUGGAUGUUACCUUCCAGGGCCCAGGCUGCAGACACGGGAUUGGGCCUCACGACUUCAUGGCUGCAGCACACCUCCAGGGACCAGUCCUGGCCACAGCCUGAGCUGACCGUCAUCAUCCCAAGGGCCCGGCGGGGCACAGAGAAGAAGGCCUGCCCCCCGGGGUGGAAAGCCCAAGUGGUGGAUGAAAAACUCAUCUUCUACGAGGAGUGGGAGCUGGAGGCCUGUGUGGAUGGGGCCCUGCUGGCUGCUCAGAUGGACCGGGUGAACUUGAUACCUUUCACCUACCAGCAGCUCCACAUUUUUAAGCGCAAAUUGGACGAGUUCUACCCACAGGGAUACCCAGAGUCCCUGAUCCAGCACCUGAGGUACUUCUUCCUUUCGGUCACCCCCGAGGACAUCCACAAGUGGAAUGUGACAUCCCUGGAGACCGUGAAAUCUCUGCUCGAAGUUACCAAAGGACACAAGAUGGAUGCUCAGGUGGCUGCCCUGAUUGCCCGCUAUGUAGUGAGAGGGGGCCAGCUGGACAAGGCCACCCUGGAGACCCUGGCCACCCUCCACCCUACCUACCUGUGCCUUCUCAGCCCUGAGCAGCUGGGCUCCAUGAGCCUCAAUGUUGUCUGGGUGACCAGGCCACAGGACCUGGAUGCGUGCAGCCCACAGCAGAUAGCCGUCCUCUAUCCCAAGGCCCGCAUUGUCUUCAAGAACAUGACAGGGUCUGAAUACUUUGAGAAUAUCAAGCCCUACCUGGGUGGGGCCCCCAUGGAGGACCUGCGGGCUCUCAGUCAGCAGAACAUAAACAUGGACCUAGCCACGUUCAAGAAGCUGCAGACAGAGGCUGUGCUGCCGCUGACCAUUGCUGAGGUACAGAAACUUCUGGGCCCAAACCUGGUGGGCCUGAAGGCUGAGAAGGGGAACAGCCUCAUGCGGGACUGGAUCUCCCGGCAGUCGCAGGAUGACCUGGACAGCCUGGGGCUGGGGCUCCGCGGCGGCAUCCCCAAUGGCUACCUGGUUCUGAACUUCAGUGUCCGAGAGGCCCUCUCGGGGGGCCCCCACCUCCUCGGACCAGGACCUGUGCUCACUGUGACCUCAAAUCUGCUCCUGGCCUUCAUCCUGAGCUGAGCCCAUUGCUCUGGAGGCCCUGCUGUGGAGGCUCUGCCUGGCUGGGAGCAGGCCUGGGUGGUCCCUGUCUGACCUGAGGGCACCGAAGCACAAUAAAAGA